GAUCUGGAUAGAUUUUCUUUUUUCUCGGGUGGCAGGAAUUACAGAGGGCAGUUGACGAGGGUAGUCGGGGACGGCGUUUAUCGGAGAGUUGGUGGUUCUGGCGCCUGUCGUGGACCAGGAAAAGUGGUGACCCUCAAAAUUUUAUAGAGUAGGAGACUUGGAAAAUAUUUAAAUCUCAACAAAUGAAUUCCACACUUGAAUUCUGCUGCAUUCCUGUGCCACCUCCUCCUUUAGAAAACUGAUCUUAGAACAGAGUUAUUAAAGCAUAGAAGAAGUAGAAGAUGCUGGGAUCUGAACGUGGUGUUGUGGAAGAAUGGUUAUCAGAAUUCAAGGCAUUACCUGACACUCAGAUCACCAAUUAUGCAGCAACUCUUCACCGGAAAAAGUCACUGGUACCAGCCCUCUAUAAAGUUAUUCAAGAUUCAGAUAAUGAGCUUCUAGAACCUGUUUGCCACCAGCUAUUUGAGCUUUAUCGUAGCUCUGAAGUUCGUCUUAAGAGGUUCACACUACAGUUCUUGCCAGAAUUGAUGUGGGUUUAUUUGCGGCUUACAGUUAGCCGAGAUAGACAAAGUAAUGGUUGUAUUGAAGCACUUCUCUUAGGAAUUUAUAAUUUGGAAAUUGCUGAUAAAGACGGAAACAAUAAAGUUCUAUCUUUCACUAUCCCUUCUUUAUCCAAGCCUUCAAUAUAUCAUGAGCCCUCAACAAUCGGAUCCAUGGCUUUGACAGAAGGGGCCUUAUGUCAGCAUGAUCUCAUCAGGGUUGUUUAUAGUGAUCUUCAUCCUCAGAGGGAAACAUUUACUGCACAAAAUAGGUUUGAAGUGCUGAGUUUUCUCAUGUUGUGUUAUAAUUCUGCUAUUGUAUACAUGCCUGCUUCAUCUUACCAGUCCCUUUGUCAGAUGGGUUCCAGGGUUUGUGUGAGUGGUUUUCCACGACAAAAUGAAAAACAGUGGAAAGAACUCUGUGGUCGAAUAGUAUUGGAUCCAGAAUUUAUGGUGCAACUUCUCACAGGGGUUUAUUAUGCCAUGUACAAUGGACAGUGGGAGCUAGGCCAGGAAGUCCUUGAUGACAUCAUUUACAGAGCUCAGCUAGAACUCUUUUCUCAACCACUAUUGGUUGCUAAUGCCAUGAAAAAUUCAUUACCAUUUGAUGCUCCGGAUUCUUCACAAGAAGGCCAGAAAGUUCUUAAAGUGGAAGUCACUCCAACAGUGCCGAGGAUUUCUCGGACUGCUAUUACAACAGCUUCAAUCCGUCGUCAUAGGUGGAGGAGAGAAGAUGGCUUUGACUUCUCAAACGAGGCUGACUCGAGUAUUCCUGGCUCCCCGAUCCAACACGGCUCCACUGACCUAGGGAUCAAACGUGUGCAAGAGGGGGAGGUGCUGGUGCGCAGGACCCCUGAGCACGGCUCACCGGAGCCCAACUCAGCAGCAGCCACAACAGAGGGUGCUGAGGGUGUAAAUGGAGGAGAGGAAUCUCUUAACCUGAAUGAUGCAGAUGAAGGAUUUUCAUCUGGAGCUUCCCUCAGCAGUCAGCCAGUGGGGACCAAACCAUCUUCAUCUUCUCAAAGGGGAAGCUUAAGGAAAGUAGCAACUGGGCGUUCAGCUAAGGAUAAAGAAACCUCUGCCAUCAAAUCCAGUGAAAGCCCUCGAGAUUCAGUAGUUCGAAGGCAGUAUGUACAGCAACCAGCUGAUCCUAGUGUAGAUUCAGUUGAGCUGACACCUAUGAAGAAACACCUGAGCCUACCUGCUGGCCAGGUGGUGCCAAAAACCAGUAAGCUAAUCCGGACAGCCAGUGCUUCCUCAAGUAAAUCAUUUGACUAUGUAAAUGGCAGUCAAGCAAGUACCAGCAUUGGGGUUGGCAUUGAGGGAGUUACUAAUUUAGCAACUAACAGUGCUAAUCGAUUUUCAACUAUCAGUCUACAAGAAGAUCGACUAGGGCAAACUGGAGAAAACAAAGAGCUCCUCAGCUCAGGGGCUCCCUUAACCAAGCAGUCUCGAUCCCCAAGUUUCAAUAUGCAGCUAAUAUCCCAGGUGUAGUUUUGUCAUCCUCUCUCAUCUUUCUGCUUACCUUUAAAACUGAACAUUUCAUUGCGCAAGAAAAAUACUUCAUCCCACAUUGUGAAAAUACUAGGCAUCAUAAUCAAAUUUGAUUUUAGUUUAGGAAUCUUCAUACUGUAUUUUGUAUGGAAACAGCAAUAAGGUUUUUUUCCCCCUCCUUUCUCUAUCUUCACCUAUUCCUUGUAAAUGUGUUUGUGAAGCAGUACAGAAUGUUUGCAUUUUUCAUGCCUUCCUUUCUCCUUGGGUGAUGUGCAAUCCCAUCGUAGGCUGAUCGGUCCCAUUUCAACACUGUGAGACUGAGGAUAUGUUAGAGGAAAUGGUGUUUAUGAUCCCUAUGAAAUGAUUCUUUGGCUUUCUUUAAAAAAACAAAACGGGUUUGUUCUCAUAAUCUAUAAACUAUGAAGAUCACUGGAUCAUAUUUUUUCUCUCUUAACCAGGAGUGCCUCAGAGAUUCUGCUAUGACUUUUGGACUUCUCUGAGUCUGUGCAAUCAUUUUCUUGAGAAGCUUGGGGAAAGGUGGUAGAGUGCUGCACUUUUUCAUUAAAAUGAGGGUGGCUCUAUUCCCCCCAUCUCUUUAUCAAGGAUAUAAAUGUUCAAUUACUGAGACAUUCUAAUCAAAUUUUGGCCACCUCCAAGGAAGGACAGGGCCCAAGUUUGAUUGUGUAAUUGAUAAUGCACUUUCUCAAUGGCUCUUUAGUCAUUAUUAACUGUCUUCCCUCCUCCCCACAAGGACUUUAAGGCAUUUUUGUCCUUAAAGAUUGAACAACCAACAAAUCAGAGAAUCCAAGGGGCAUGUUCUAUUUUAGGAAUGAUUGACAUUUUGGUGCUGGGGGAUGGGGGUGGGGGGAGGGAAUGGGUCAGUUUGUGUUAGGUUUGUGUGGGAUUGUGUGUAUGAGGGGAAAUUUUGAUAGAUUUUUUUUUCUUUUCCUUUUGUGAGCUGAUGACUGAAGUAGAAUAAGUACGUCUUCAGGUAAAGAGAGGGAUUUCUCAACCCACUUUCUGUGAUGUUGGAUUAUUGGAGAAACCCUUUCAAGCUGCUUUUUUAGAUGUACCUAAAUUCAGUCAGAUAUUUUGGAUUAAGAAACCUGAAGUCCUGAUAGAUCAUAUACUCCAAGGAAAUACAUCAGGGACAGAUAAUUGGCUGAAAACACUGAUGCUUCAAGGUGACACAUUUUUAUAGAACAUUUUUACCAGGGGGUACUGACUUCAUUUCUCCUAUAAGGACCACACUGCCUUUGUGUUUAUUGUAAUGCAAUUUGUGUACCUUCUAAUCAGUAUAUCUGCAAAAGUUUCUCAUUUUUAUAAAAUUUUGAAAUCAUGCCAGUAAGCUAGAUGCUGAAUGUAUGUAAGUAGUAUUUGGUAACUCUGCUAAAAGUUUACCAAAAAUGCAUUAUCAGUUAAAAAAUAUUGAUUCAGUUCUGAUAAGGUUGGAUAAAAUCUUAUUAUAAACUCCACCGGGUCUCAGGCUCUAAUGCUUGAAUGAGAUAAAAGAGAAUAUAUUGUUUUUUGAUAAUCUGUAUAUUAUGACUUGAACUGCUAUGCAUUAUCCUUUCACAAAAUAUGUCAGAGCUAUUGUUGCUUUGUCCAUUGACAUUUUAAUUUUAUCAUUGUGAAAGAAAAAAAUAUAUAUAUACUUUGUUGUAGAAAGCAAGUAUUCUCCUAAUUAACAAAGUUUGAAAUUUUCUCUUCCAAUGAACAUUACAACAGGUUUUGAUAAAUAAAGUAACCAGAAAAAUGCCUCUUGUUUGUUCAUAUCUAAAAAUCACUCCCACUCUUUGAUUUUAAUAAUUAUUGUUUGUUUUUAAAAUCAACUUUCUUUUAGAAUUGUUAUAAGAAUGAGAUCCUUGUUUGAAUUUUGUGAUGUGUAACAUUCAGCUCAUAUGAAAAUGGGAACUAGUAUUUACUACAUUGCCAAAGUCUGGGAUAAAUAUAAAAAUGUUGGUCAAAUAGAGAUUUAUUGAUUUAUAGUAUGUAUAUGUGUGUUGUUUAUAUGUAUAUAUCACAAAAACAUAUUUUAGAUAUCCCUUGCUUCUUUUAAUUAAGGAAUGUCAGAAUGAGAAGAAUUUAAAAGCAGCCAAGAUAAAUGUUAUAUAAAGAUUAAUACCAUUAAGAAAGCAAAGUUUUAGGUAUGAAGGAAAAGAUAUUGUACUUACUAGAGAGUAAAAUCUUAUCUGUAGUCAGUCACUGUAUGUCAGGAAUGUCUGAUUUUGAAAUGGAAGGGUUUUAGUUCAGAAAGUUGUGCAUUUCUUGGCAUCUAGGUCCAGUGUGAUUUUAAAGCACAAAGAAAUACCAAAUAAUACCAAAGUAAAGUAAUGGCCUGGAGAGACGGCUCAAAGAACUGGAGCACAUGUUUUGCAUGUGGAGUCCCUGGUUCAUUUCCUGGCACCACAUAGAUCCCUGAGCACCAUCCCCAUCACCUCCCCCAAAGUUCUCCAUUUGGUUUGUUAGAAAUAAAUUAUACUUGAGAGCCAGAGAAAUAACUUAAUGUGUACUUUGCAUGAGAUGCCUAGAUUUGAUCCCUGGCACUCCAUGAUCUCACAUGUACCACAGGGUGGCCCAGAAACCAACCCUCCCCCAUUCCCCAUACACACCCUCCCCCAGAGAUAAAUACAUUACCUGAAUUGCAGUUUUGAAAUAUAUUUUCAGUCUAGAAAUUUCAUGUCUCUAUUUAUACAUUUACACAACCAUAGGUUUUUUUUUUUCUUCUUUUUGGGUUACACCUAGGGAUGCUAAGGGGUACUCCUGGCUUUGCACUCAGGAAUUACUCCUGGCUGUGCUCAGGGGAUCAUAUGGGAUGCUGGGAAUCGAACCCGGUUGGCUGAGUGCAAGGUAAAUGCCCCCGCUGUGCUAUCACUCCAGCCCCAGCACAACCAUAGUUUUUUAAGGACACUUUAACAUUUGUGCCCCAUUCUUUAGUUUUUUUGGGGAGAGGGAGGUUAGUGCUUAGGAAGCCAGCAGGGCAAUACUUGGCAUAGCAGUACAGGCCUGAAGGUUCAGUGCUCAGCCCAGUGGGGCCAACCAGGACGACAUCCGUGGUGCCAGGGACCAGAGUCAGGACCUCCAAUGCAAAACUUGUACUCUGGUCCUUUGAGUUAUUUCCCUGGUCCCACCUUCCAUUAUUUUAAAUGAUAUGAUUUGCCCCCAAUAAAAAAUGUUUAAUCUGGUUCAGUCUUCAUAGUCAGACCAUAAAAUAGAACUGAUUUUAUGUGAAAAUUGAUGAGCUCAGCAAAUCUUAAGUCAUUUUCCAAGAUGUUUUUAAUAAUUUAUUUGCAUUAUUUAUUGGCAUUAAAAUUUUUUAGAUAUUCAUUAUUAUUAAAAAUCUGUCAGGGGCCAGAGAGAUAGUACAUAGGUUAAAACACUUGCCUUCGCACGUCGCCUUGAAACCUCGGCACUCAUGUGGUCCCAGGCAUCUCCUUCCAAAGGGCAUAUUUUGUUCUUUAAUAACUUUAUACUUCUUAACUUCCAUUAAAAAAUAUGUUAAUCUAUAUAAAAGUUAGGGAGAAAAGACUUAUUUUUAACAAUUUGAUGCCAUCUGUGCCAGUUUGGGCUAAGAAAUAUUAAAAUUGAAGGUUUUAGGGAACUCUGACAUCAAUUUAGAGUCACAUUAUUAUAAAGUAAGAGAAAAUGUAAAGUGAGAAGCUAAAUUAGAAGUAAGACUUUAAAAUAUGAAAAGUAUUUUUUUUGAGAUUCCUGGGGCUAAGAUAGUAAUGAUUAUAAUUUGUAAUCCUGACAGUCUCACCACCAAUUAUUAUCAAUUAUUGUGUGCCUAUUUAUGUGUCAAAAAUUUGUGCUUAAAGAAACCCAAGAGAUAAUCUAGCUAGUCUCCCAAAACCUGUAAACCCAUACACAUGUCCAUCCUCAGGAAAGAGACUAAAAAAGGUUAUAAUAAUCACAUAAUUAAGAAGCAGAGCCAGAAUCAAAUUCUUGUCUCACACUAAUGAAUAUUGAUACCAAACUGCCUCCCUUUCUCCUAUUUGCUAAACAUGAUAUGUAACAUGUUUGCAACAUGUUAUGUAACAUUCUUCAUUUUUUACAGUUUCUUCCAUUUAGUUGGCAAAUCAUAGCACAUUAAGAAAAGUAUUAAAUCUAGAAAAAAAUAUAGAAAAGUAAACAAAGAAGAGUAAGUAUUGGAAACAUAGGUAACUAUACAGUAAAUGGAUGGAUAGUUAAGAUACAUUUUUCUUAUUCAAAUUUAUGCCUUAUAAUUUUAUGCCACAUAACAGUUGUAUGCUGCCAUUUUAUAGUUGAUUUUAUUUCUGAGGAUAUAUUUAAAUGCAAAAAAGAAAAACAAACCCCAAUGAAAUAGCUUUGAUCAAUGUUUCUAGCUACUUUAAAGUAGUUUUCAAAUCAGCCAGCUUUCAGUCACCUAAGUGGUGAAUUAACUCUAUUGCACAAUAGAAAGGAUUAAAUAAGUUUAUUCCAUUAAUUUUUACUGUCAAAAGAAACAGCCUCACUAGUGCUUAGAGCAGAUAGUUAUAAGCAGCGUUUCCCUAUGUGGUUAAAAAGUAGGAAGAUUAUUUCAUGGUAGAAAGGUUAUAACAUCAUUUAAAGUGUAUAUACCAUAUGAACUGUGUUUAAACAUAGUGUCAGUAACACCCAAUAUUUCCCACCUAUAUGCUCAAAUUCCCUUUAGCAGCUUUAAUUAUAACACUGGAAUACUGAAAAUAAUUUUUUUCAGACUUUGUUUGCACUAUUUUUGUGACUAUUUUAAAGAAGUAAGGUAUUUUCCUCCCUUCACGUUGUGAGAAAUUUAUGGGUCCAUUUUUAGUUCUUUAGUUGUUGAUGGUUGUCCAUGUAAUUCUCUGCAUGUUCAUUUGUAAAUAAAAAAAAAUAAUAUCUGUCUUUAGGGGGCAGUAUUCUAUAAACACUGGCAAGGAAGGUCUCUCCAUUUUUUAUUUUUGAUUACAAAGUAAGAUUAACAUUUUUAAAAUAUUUGUUUCAUACUCAUUUUCAAUUUUUAAAAGCUUAAUACAUCAUGCUACUGGUUGGAAAGCCUGUAAGAAUUUUAGAGCAACUUUUCUAGAUGAUGGCUAUGUAACAGUGAACAUGAGGCUAUUUAUCUUCCAAGUCCAAUUUUUAUCCUCAUAUUUCAAACCGCUAAAUUGGUUUAGACAUGUACUUGUAACGCUUUAAGUUUUUAAGAAACUUGAAAAUCAGUUAGAAAUUGAUAUCUUAAACUCUAAAAAAUUAGAUCUUUUGCCAUAUCAUAAGAAUGUUGAAUGCAAAUGAACACUUAACAUUGAAAAUUAUGUGCAACCAGAUUGGCAAUUUUUCAUUGUCAAGGUGGUCAAUGUUGAUAAUGUAAAACAUAAAAAUUUAGUAUUACCUAUGUGCCUAAUUAUCAUACUGGCACUGAACAUACAGAGGAAAUACUAUUAAGUCAAUCUGUGUGUACUUAGAUUUUUGGUGGUCCCAGAAAUUUGGUGAUCCCAAGAGUCAUCAUCAUGCAACCUUCUUUGCUAAUGUUGGUACAUUUCUUCUGUACCUAACCACACAACCGCAAAACUUUGAUAGCUUUUAUUCUUCUCAGAAUUUUUGUGGUCUUAGUUAUUAGCCAUAUAUGAAAUAUACACCAGAGCAAACAGUUCAGGGCAGAAGUUACCAAAAAGUUGGGAAUGAUGUGAAACAACUUGGCAGCAUAGUACAUGAAUAGAGAUUCUGUUUUGCUUCUAGACUUUGGAAAAUUGUUUACAAAUUAAGAUGCAUUCAAUGUCUGCUAUAAUGCUAUUAUGUUCUAUAUAGUUUAGGCCUCAAAUUAGAAAUAGAGUAUAAAUGGAAUUUUUAAAAAUUGAGGUAGGUUUAACAAAUUCUUCUUUCCCAAAGAGCAGUGAACUGGACAAUCUAUUCCCCAACUACAUAAUUGAUAACAAUCAGGUUUCUGUAUUUGAGUGUCUUUCCAUCUUUGGUUUAAAAAUUCACCAAAGAAAAUAUAUCAACCAAACACAAAUUUAAAGUAUUUAACUGUUAAUGAAUAGAUCCCUUUAAUUUGAAGGGUUAUUUUGUAGGGGGAAAAUAAGAGUCAAAGGAGCUUCCUCCAUUUAUAAUUUACCUAUGAGAUUUUGAUAGUAAAAAUGUCAACUUUUUCCUCUUUUAACGAAAAAUACCAGGUAAAAGUUAGGUCUAAUGUUACACCUUAUAGCAUAUGAAUGUGCCAUAAGAAGUAACUCACAAGAAGGAUUCUGCUCCUCAGUAUUGAAUUAAAAAAUAUGGUGCCGGGCCAGAGCGAUAGCAGAGCGGGUAGGGCGUUUGCCUUGCACGCAGCCGACCCGGGUUCAAUUCCUGGCAUCCCAUAUGGUCCCCCCAGCACUGCCAGGAGUAAUUCCUGAGUGCAAAGCCAGGAGUAACCCCUGAGCAUCGCUGGGUGUGACCCAAAAAGCAAAAAAAAAAAAAAAAAAGAAUAAAUAAAAAUUAAAAAAAUAAAAAAUAUGGGGCCAAGGGGGAAUUCCUAAAAUGGCUAUUUUGUAUGAUAUUGUGACCUUUAAAAAAAGAGGAUUGAGGAAGAAGUUUUGGAAAUGCACCUUUUUAAAUGGGCAAUAGCAAUUACUUCUUACAGGUUUAAUGUUGGCUAAAAAGUUAUGUUUACAUAAUUUAUGUACAUAAACACGAGUGUUUUUUCCUUUAAAAAACAUUAGAUUAAGAAAAGCUAAAAUACGGGGCUGGAAUGAUAGCACAGCAGGUAGGGCGUUUGCCUUGCACGCGGCCGACCCGGGUUCGAAUCCCAGCAUCCCAUAUUGUCCCCUGAGCACCGUCAGGGGUAAUUCCUGAGUGCAUGAGCCAGGAAUGACCCUUGUGCAUUGCCGGGUGUGACCCAAAAAGCAAAAAAAACCAAAAAAAAAAAAAAAAGAAAAGCUAAAAUACUCAGAUUUAUAGACCAAUAAAAUUAAAAUAACUGAUGUUUUUUUUAAAAAUGAGGAAACUUAAUAUUUUAUGUGAAACAAUAUUUUAUCUGAUGUUCCUAAAAGGCUCUAUAAGCAACUUUUCCAUAUCAGUGGUUAAAAAGUAAUGAAUAUUCCAAGUUAACUUGGAAAGAGAAGACUGACUUUCUAACAAUUAUGUAUGUAGGUUUUGCGGUUUUUUUUGUUUUAUUGAAUGACAGUAAAUACUCUAUGCUCCACGUGUCAUUUUAAAGUAUUUGUUAUAUGUUUAUCAGUUAAUUUACAAUGAAUCUUUUUUAUUCUUUUUAUAAGAAGUAUGCUGGCUUUACAUUCAGUUUAACUGGUUAAGUGAAACAGUUUAUAUGAUGCAAAGAUUAUUUUCCCACUAUUUUUAUUUUAACCAGCAUCAACCUGUAGCAUUUUUUUAAAAACUUCCCUGUUACUCAGAAAUAGUGCUAGUAAAAAUUGAAUGAGAUAGGCAUGAAAAAAAAAAAGAUCUCUACUGACCUGUGGGUGUCCUUUCAACCUAGCACUAGUUAAAACCUUCAUUUUUUUCAGAGCUGAAGAAAAAACACAUUAAAAUCAUACUUAUUGGUGCAUGUAAGCCAUUAUAUUAAACUGUCUUACUGAACUGGUUUAUGCUGUUGAUUGUUGAAAUGUGAAAUGUAGUCACUGUUGACAUUGUAAAUACCUGCCAGAGAUGACAAAUAUUUUAAGUUAUUGUAAAUAAAGAUGUAUAAAGUACAAUCUGCGAUGCAGAAAUAUAUCUAAGAUGUUAAAUAUUGUGUUUCUUGAGAGAUGUGUAAUUUUUCCCUAGAUGUAUCUAGUUACAUUAAGAAUGUAAAUUUUAUUUUGUACAGUAUAAAAAAAUACAGCUUAUUUGAUCUUUGAUUGAA